GUCCAAUCUCAACAUGAAAUGGAAUCUAUUGUCGUUCAUGACAGCCAACAGAAACCUGAAGAUUCAACAUCGGCUGCCAAGGUCAAUUUCAGAAAACCUCAUGAAGUCACUGGAUUUGAGGACUUUUCAACAACACCACCCACUGAAUUUUUAAAGAGAUCCAGGGAUGUCGCUGAGACAUCUUCUCCACCUCCUUCUAAGAGAAUGAAGACUUCCCCUGCUAAAAAGCCAAUUCAAGUAGAAACAGCCAACAUGCACAAGGAUUUCUUACCACCAAAUGAAUCAGAAAAUCUUGUUUCUCCUGACAAUGAACCGGGGGCAAAGUCACCAAAGAAAUCAGAAAAGCCUGUUUCUCCUGAAAAUGUACCAGGGGCGAAGUCAGCUGUAGGAGGUGAAUCUUCCGGUCAUUCGGAUCGAAUUAUUCAUAUGCAAUUCAAAGCAUUGAAGAAGUCCAUAAAGAAGUCUCUAAAGAGAUACGUUGACCGAAAGUUCAAGCGUUUGGAGAACAAAAUGGAUUCAAAUCACAUUGAUCUUUUGAAAGCCAUCGACAGUAUGGCGAAUCGAAUGACUGGCACAUCAUCUCAAGUUAAAAAAGAUGAUUUUGAUCAAUCAUUCCAUGUGGUUGAACAACAAGAAGCACCUACUAGAUUGGAGGUGCACAAUUUUGCAAAUAAAUCUGACCCACCCCAAAAAAAUGACAAAUCUAAUGUCCAGGAAGAUAUUAAGGGACCUGAACCAUCCACCAUGAUAAAUCAGGUGGACAACAUAUCGGAACAAAGCAUUUCAGCAGAUGUUCCUGAAUUAUUUGAUCAUCAAGUUUAUUCUGAUACAUUAAAGGAAGAUGAACCAUCCGUCAAGGAUGUAUCAGCACACCAAAUGGAACCACAAAGAGCAGAUACUGAUCAGCUUAUUGCUGAUUCUGAUACAUUACAGAACACUGGAAAGAAAGAUGGAAGAGUAGCUGAUGAUAAAUCUGCCAAAGUAGAAGAGCAAGUCGAGGAGAUUGAAAAAGAAAAAAUCAAACCAAGCACAUCAGAAUCCAAUACUUCAGCACCAUUUUCGACCGAAACUCUGGAUGUGAUAGAUGCUCUAAUAUACGGACUUCCAUUACCAGCCAUGCCAUUGACAGCUGUUAGUCAUGAGCAAGUUCAGAAUGAAUGUCUAUUACGCGAUAGCCAGCUACCAACCACUCUUCCAUCAAAAGCUAAUGUAUUGUCUAACGAUGCGAAGACACCAUCUCGAAGAAGCAGGAUUCCUUCGAAUAUCUUACAGUCGCCGUAUCUUUCAAACUUUGGGUCGAGUGAAAAGGGAAAGAAAAAUUUGUCAGAUGUUACGCAUCAGACACACCCUUUUGAAGGUUUUGGUAUAUGCUAUCAACCCCCUUCCGAACUUGUCAUAGACUACUCUCAAUGGAUAGAUAAAGGACUUCUAAAAUCACAUGGCAACAAGAAUUCGAAGGAGGAUCAUUACAGAUCUAAGUGCUCUUCAUUCGGCUUUGAAAAAAUGGACUUUGUUGUGGCAUUUCCUAAAGAUAAGAACUGGUUCUACCUAAUGUCACAGCCGGACAGAUGCUGGAACGAUGAGCACAUCGAUGUAAUAUUUUACUACCUUCGGAAGAAAUCGAAGAUGCAGUUGAGCAAUCAGUAUCGAUACACAACGACAAACUGCAUUUUCAAAAAUUACAUCGAAUAUGCACACACACGCUACUAUCACCUUCCACCUAACAUUUCUACACAAGAAGAUAUGGCAAGGGCCACUGUUACAGCUCAUCAAGAAGGAUCCGUGAAGAACAUAAUAAGAGGUUUCUCAAUACCAGCCGGUUUGCCCUGACAUUUGGUAGAUGAGGUAUACAUUUCAGUAAACUGCGACAUGGAUUUUCAUUGGGUUCUUGCGGUAGUUGUGUUGAAAGAGAGGUUGAUACGUGUGUAUGAUUCAUCGGCUAGACGAAGAAGUAGCAACCCUUCCCAAGAGAUCCAAAAGAUAGCAGCAAUGCUACCAAUAUACCUGCAAGACAGUGGUUUCUUUGACAACAACGAACGUACUGAUUGAUCGUCUCUUGAUUCAUACAAGGACAAAUCAACCGGUAACAUGCUUGAACCACAUCACUCAUUAGCAGUUGAGUAUGUUGAAGGAAUUGCGCAACAGGGAAGUGGCAGCUUGGAUUGUGGAGUUUUCCUGGCCAUGUUUGCUGAAUAUCUUAGUGAUGGAUUUCUAUUCCAAAUAUCGGACUAAACGCUGAAUUCUUCCGUUCAAGAUAUGCCGCACUCUUAUGGAGAUAUGGUUGUAAGAAGGCCAUGGAUGGUUAUGUUAGCGAUAACGACGAUCCAAAAAAACCAAGGAGAGACAUAUCUCCAAACCAAGGAGAACUGAUUGAUGUCCAAUAAUUUUUUUUUGAUAGUAAACAUUUUAGAGAAUUCUGAUUCUUCCAAUGUAUCUGAUACAUAAACUGUAAUGUAUCAGAUUUAGUAUGUUUUAAUAUUUCCAUACCUCAGAUUUACUAUGUUUUUCUCUGGUGUCAAAAUGGAAUAUAAAAUCAAAGUUUAUAUUUUAUA